CGACGAUGGUUGACAAGCCUUCCUCGUAGAUCCAGAAAUGGCGUCUCCCGUGCACAUGGUCUACUAAAAGCUUAUGACUACAUUCUCAUCGUUACGGAAGUUACUAUCCUUAUGAACACCUUUCUGUUCGUCUCUACUACAAUAUUGAAUUGUAAAUAGAAAGUGUAUAUAGAGUAAUAGGUGAGUGAAAAAUAGUUUGCUGGUCUAUAUUUGGCGAUGAGUUCAAACAAUAAAACAUCAGUAUCCUCCAGCGGAAGAGGAAAUAAAAUAAAAUUAUCACAACAUACUAAAUCUGACCAUUCAACUAAAACAUCAGAUUCGGCUAAGCACGACAAAGUGCAGUCAAAUACUAUGCAGGUGCGACAUGCACAAAUCAUUGAUACACGUGUAGGAGGUGUCGAAGAUCCUUCGUUUAAAGAACGUAUUAAAGAAGUCAUGGAUUUAACUUGUCGUUCUGAAGAUGAGGUCAUUAUGGCCGUGCACGACAGCGAUGGAGACUUGAAUAGAGCUGCUAUGGACCUUCUAGAGGGUGUUAAGACAGAAUGGGAGGUGAAGAAAAAGAAGCCACGUCAACCAAGUGGGUCAAAACAGAUGAUCGACCAAACCAGUGGUCAAAAUGAUGGCGGAGAUUGGGAAGAGAGACGAAAUCAACGAAGUGGUGGACCACCACGAAUGCGAGGCCGUGCUAAUCAUGAUAAUCGUGAAUGGCGUGGACGUGAAAAUAAGGAAAACGAGAGAAACAUGGAAGAUAGCGCUCGAGAUGGCAGCUAUGGUGGUAGUAGAAGAGGAGGCAGAGGUGGCCCUGGUAGAUCAGGUCGUGGAGGACGCGGAGGUGGAAGAGGUCUUGGCCCACGAGCAUUUGCAAAUCGAAACGAAGCCUCUGCUUCUUCGGCUCAUAGUUUCAAUCGACCAAUUGACACUUGGGCAGGAAGCGAAGAACAACAGGCUUUAGUCCAACAACCUAAAAUCGCCGAAUGGAAUAAUUAUGAAACAACAGAAGAAUGGGAUAAUGAAGAAUAUACCGGAUCACUGGCCGAUACCAAGGUUUUUACACCAAGUACAUCUUUGACAGAACAAGCUCCAGUACAUGAGGAACCAAAGAUUCAAGAAUUACAAUCAAUCCAAUCAAAUCAGACUGUUAACCUGGGACUACUUCAACAAGAAGAAAUGACGAAAUUAUCCGAUAUUCCUACGAUACAACAACAAACAUUGAUUCCACAAGCUCAACAGCAGCAAACUGUAUUGAGCUUACCAACAAUGCAACUAUCGCAACAACCAAAUGCCAUUAGUGGUGGUGUAUUAACUGCUGCACAGACUCAAUAUUUGACGCAAUUAACUCAGCAAACUAGUGAAAAUAUAAAAACAACCGGACAGGCUUCAUUUUCGUCGCAAAUUACUACUAAUCAGCCACAAAGGCAAUCUAAACAACGUCCAAGAGUGCCACCUCCAUCAAAGAUUCCAUCCACUGCGGUAGAAAUGCCGGGCGAUGCAGUUAACAGUGGCAUUGGAUUUCUUGAUGUUCAAUUUGGUGCACUUGAAUUUGGAAGUGAUUCAAGCUCACUCGAUGGAUCAGCUACGGAAAAAUAUAAUUCUAGUAACAAUGCAACUUCUAAUGUUGAAGUUCCCUCUACAACAAAUACUAUUAAUACGACUUCUGGCACAAAUAGUUCUAUUGAUAUAGAAACUAAACAAACCUCCACAACCCCUUACAACGCCACUUCUCAAAUGCUAUCAAGCAAUGACAGUUUACCUGUAUCAAAUGAUAUCUCAAUAAAUUCUCAAACAUUUGCGGGACGUGGAAAUACUGGUCAAACUUUGGAUAUAACCAAACAAGAUUUUACAUCACAAGUGUCUCCAGGAAAUUCAGCUACAUAUGGCACAGCAACUUAUCAACCACAAAAAACGUUUCAACCAUCUAAUGCCACACCAAAUUCAUAUAAUGCGUAUUCAACAAAUACGCAAUCAGGACAAUCUUUUCAGACUGUUUCAGUUACUAAUACCAAUACGUAUUCUACAACAGCUACUGUUUCACAGAAUAAUUAUAAUUCCUCUUCAUCAUUCCCACAAUCAAAUUCUUCUAACUUUAGUCAAGCAUCUCCAUCUGCGUCAACAUCUGCAGCUUCUGUUUAUAAUCAGCCAACUACUACAAACCAGGUAUAUCAAACAACGAGUGGUUAUGCGUCCACUACAACGUCUCAAUAUCAAGCAGCAUCUGUUGCAACUAACACAGUAUCGAAUAGUAAUGUUCCAUAUCAAGCGAGUGGAUAUCAAGGAACUUCCUCUUUCCAAUCGAAUCCGCAAGCUUAUCAACCAUCUGCUACUACCUUUAGUUCUCCUAUAACUCAAACUACAGGACCUUAUCAAAAUGCAGCCCAGUCUGUUUAUGCAUAUGGUAACUAUGCCAGUCAACCACAAACUGCAUCACACAAUCAUAAAUUGAAUAGUAGUACAACAAAAGAUUCUCAAUAUGAAAAUAGCACAACGACUUCUAAUAAUUCUCUUGCAACAACAACGACAACCACAUUAGGACUUAGUUCAACCUCUGUGAAUAGUUCUCAAACAAAAGUAACUAGUUCGAAUGCUGUACCUAAAAGCACAUCAAGUGGUGUUGUAACGGGUAAUAGUAGUGGUAACAUAACAGGUGGCGGUGCGGCCGGUAGCAUGGCACCGAUGCUUAGUCAUCAAUACAUUAUGGGCCAAGGAGUGCCGUACACUUUCCAACAACCAAUGUAUAGCUACGAGGAUAUACAAAUAAUGCAACAAAGAAUACCUCACAUGCCCACUACUGGUUACUAUGACGCGGCUCUGGGCUAUCAGACGACUGGACCAGCAACCAGUCUUGGUGGGGCACGAGGUGAUGCGUUAUCCGGUGUACAAGGAGUCCAAGGAGUACAAGGAGUCCAAGGCGCUUAUACCAGUAUUAGUGACGCUAGGUUUGCCAGAACUGAUAGUAAUGCGUCGCCAGUACCUUCUACCAUGUCGCAACAGACUGCAACACAGCACCAACAACCUAUGAUAAAUCCAACACUUCCUCCAGGUUAUGCAUAUUUCACAUAUGGCGGAGGCAUAAUGCCAGGAGGUUUUCAAUAUGGAACUCCUGCUAUUUACCCCCAGAUAGCUACAGCAGGGAAUGCUGGAACAAAUAGCGGAGCAUACAGCGCUAAACCAGGAAGUUAUGGAUCUGGUUAUGGUGGUGGUGCUAGUUACGAUGCUUUGGCAUCUGCAGGACCAUCAGGUGAAUAUAAAGCUGCCGGCAGUAAUUAUACCGGCACACAAGCUGGUAAAACUGGCACGUCUGGCACGAACACAAGUACUGGAGGAUCUUCUGCGACUGACAUUAGUGCAACUAUGUAUGCAAAAAGUCAUGUAGCACUUAGCAAAGUUAAUUCAUAUGAAAAACAAGCUUUUCAUUCUGCGACUCCACCACCAUUUGGUAUUACUGGUAGCCAAAAUGCAGGAUUGCCUGGAGGAUAUGGUACUCCACACUUAUUUAUUCCCACAAUGCCUCAUCAAUUACAUCAACCACUUCAUCAGGAUGGUACCAAUAGCACAGGUCAAAGGUCCAAUACCAGUUCACAAAAUAAAGCUCAAGCUAAGCCUGGGUAUAGUCCCAGCUACUGGACUGGAAGCAAUUAAAGUAUCUUGAACAAGAUAAAGAAGGCAGGAGGGAUAACAACCAAUGUAGAAAAAAUAAACAUUCGCCAUGUGACAUAUGGUGGUGUAAAACACGGACAUUGAUUAAAGGGUUUACUUGGAACUUGAUGAGAAUAAGGACAAAAGAUUUGUUUUUUUUUCUUCGGAUUAUACAUUUUGGCUA